GAAAGAAACUCCUUAAGACACGUUUUACUACAAGUCCUGUGAGAUCACAAAGGAGCAACUCAUAUCUGUGAGCUGAGGAUUUCACUGUCCCAUCCCUUCUUUGGCCAACAUGUCAAGACGUGAACUAAGAACCAGGAAUCAGCUGAUGGAUGCUGCUCUGGGAUUUGGCCUGGGAGCUGUGGGAGGAUGCAUACUGGGUGCUACUGAAGAACCAGUGGAUAGGAUCGUGUCUGCAAUGACUGCAAGUGGUCCACUGAAACCAGUAAUGGAGGAAGCCAGGGCAAUGGGUGCUCUGGGACUUGGAACUCUUAUGGGAGCAACAGCACUAACAACAGCAAUGACGUCAGUGAUAGCUGGAGUUAUUUUGGCAGCUGUUACAGCUUCACUGUUCGUGGCAACGAAGAACUGCAGCUCCUCUUAUGCAGACUCUGUAGGCCUGUGGGCGUUAGCAGGGUUUGCUGGUAUUCUUGGGACAACCCUCAGCGGAGCUACCUUUGGCAAAGUAAUCGAAUGGAUAGUAAACACCUAUGGCAUGGUGGGACUUCUGUGGGCUCUAGGCCUGUUCACUGUUCUAAAACCACCCCUGAGUAUUUUAUUUCAGCUGGCCUGGAACAAAGGAGAGGCCUGUUGCAUGCUUGGAUCAGAAAUCAUAUCCAGGGAGAGGGAAGAUAUUGAGAUUACUGAGUUGCAGCAGAGAGAAAGGGUGGCUCUGCACAUAGAGGAGAGGAUCUUGUCAAUAGAAAAGCAAGGCAAUACAACAGAUGACAAGAUGAGAUGGAUUACAGAAAAAAGACAGAGAGAGGAGAUAGAGAAGAGGAAAACUGAGAGUGAAGAAGCUGAAAUGGAGCAAAAAACCAUUAAUGAAUGGAUCAACACUGUGCUAGUAAAACAAGUUGAUUUCUUGGCUUUUUCUGGAAUACCAAUGGCAGUAGUGUCCAUAGUUACAUCAGUAUUGGGAUUGUUUGGUUAUGGGAACCAUCAGGUGGUGCUUUUAGUGCUUCUGGCUUUAGUUGCCCUCAUUGCUUUUCUUCUAAUGCAGGCCUCUGAUUUUAAGUUCUGGAUGUUGGUAGGCUGCAUGGGAAUGUUCGCAACCUUCAUCAUUGCCAUGCUCACCCUACAUGCUGAGCAGGUGGUUGUUACAACUGCUAUGAAGAUGAGGAAAGCAGGGCACACUCAGUCCAGAGAACUCAUCAGUUCUGAAAUGAACCUGCAGGCUUCCCUGGAGGCUAUAAGCACUGCCUUUUUUGGAGCAAAACUCUGCCAGCUUGGUCUGGGGGCCACAGUGGGAGGGGCACUGGUUCGAAGAGCAGCUGGAGAGGUGAAGGUUAUUGUAGGGCCAGCUGUAGUGGCAGGACUCUUACUCAUUGGGAUGGAGGUUUUUGCUACCUGGGGUGAUGGAGGGAUGGCGGGUGCCCUUCUAGGAGCGGUUGGGGCAGUGGGCGUGUCAGUUGGUGCAACAGCAUCUGCAGCUACAAGAUGGUCCUCAUGGUCGGGAACUGUAGGAACCAUUGGAGGGUUGAUUCUAGGAGCAUUAGCGAUGGGAAAGAUGCAUGCUGUGAAUAUUGGCCUUCAGAUUCCUGUGGCCUUUGUGUUUGCAAUGUCUAAUCCAUUUUAACUAGUGCUAAAUGUGUCAUAAACGACUAAAGUACUGUACGAAAAUACAAAUCGCUACCUAUUUCUAAAUAACAUAUAUUUGCAAUGAACAAGAACC